UGUAUGUAGUGUUUUUAUUCGUUUGUCUUUUGUUGGCCUCUGGUUCAGAGUAAAUUUUUUCGGCUGCAUUCUUUGAGAGCACGCGUUUGGAGAACACUUGCGAAGCAUCGGAAUAAAAAGGAGUGCUUAAGAGAACAUUGCUCCUCUACAUCGACAUGGUGGUAACCAAUAUGCCAGACUUUUUUGCGAUAAAGCACCUUUGGAGUUUGCGUGGAGUCCUGAUGCCAUCCAAGCACUGAAUGCAGCCUUCAGAACCUGUGCUGGAGAAGGCAGUGGCUGCGUGCAUUUGCACGCAGGGUGCUUUUGACAGCAGGAAGGGAGGUACAGAAGUGGACUUCAAGCAAGACCUGCCACAGAAAGGACCAGUGGCAGGUGACGACGACUCCAUCAGUGUCCCCUGCCAUGAAAAACUGCCUGCCAAGAAGUCAGUUACAGAAAGUGGUAAACAGUCCUGGCUCGGCCCGCUUGACCUUGCGUUUCCAGUCUGUUAAGACAAGUGAUGAUAAGGAGUUGCUUCAAAAUCACACUGUCUCAGUGUUCGAUUCCUCAGUCACGUCCAGACACCUUUCCUGUUAUUCCAGUAUGGAAGCUCGCCCAGACGGGUAUGCCUAUAAUGGUAAAAAAGAAGAACCUUCCACCACAACUAUUACCUCAACAGCAACAGAUGUAGUGUCUUCCAGCAGCCCCUUGCCUGGCAGUGAACAGGGUUUGUCUUCGAUGGCCGAAGCUUCUACCCUAAAUGGCUCAACUUCAGACACACACGGUGAAGAUGCUGUAUCAGAAGAGCCCCUGCGAAAGCGUCGGCGCAGCAGCAAUGACAGUACUAAUGGCACCCUCACACCUACAGGCAAAGGUCGUUCUUCACGCGGUGACAAAGCUAGGGCUUCAGACAGUGAUCCUCAGUGCCCUCGUAAACGAGGUAACAAUUCGAGUUCGGAUACAGAAAGUGGCCCCAGUGAGCAAGAGAUGGACGGUGAUCCCACCACUCAGGACUCUUAUGGAAAUGGACAUUCUCCCAAGGUGCCGCCACUCAAGAUAGUGCUGCCUUCAAGUGGCACUGGUAACCUUGAAGGUGCUGAACCAGCUGGUGGUGCCAACUCCAAGGAGCGCAAGGUUUCCUCGAGCAAGCCUGCUUUGCCUUAUGUAGUGAAUGCGACGGAGUCCCUGAGUGAAGGAUCUCCCAGUGAGCAGGCUGUGGAAGAGAAAGAGCGACGGCGAGAAGAAGAGCGCUGUCAGCGGGUCACACGCAGCAGCCACAGGGCUGCCUUGACCCACGAUGAAGAAGCUGAGGAUGCACCUGAGGUACACCCUCGGAAGCGCAAGCUGAGAGCUCGGGAGGAUCAGCAGCAGCCGCAACAGCAGCAACAUUCACCACUGCAGCAGCAGCAGCAGUCGCCACAGCAGCAGCAGCCACCCCAGCAGCAGCAGCAGCCACAGCAGCCACAGCAGCCACAGCAGCUACAGCAGCAGCCGCUACAACAGCGGCAGCAACAGCAAGAGCAGCAGCAGCAGCAGCAGCAGCAGCAGCAGCAACCACUACAGCAGCGGCAGCAACAGCAACAGCAGGAGCAGCAGCAGCAGCAGCAGCAGCAGCAACAACAGGGAGGUGUAGCAUCUCCUUUAGAGUCUCCACCCCUCAUGGAGGAAGUGAGUCAACCGGUCACCAAUGGUUUCCAGAUGUAUCUGGACAUUCGCAAACAAGUGGAGAAGCGGCGUCAGGCCAUGCUUGUUGUGCACCCGAAACCACCACAGGGUUUCAAGGACUAUCUUCUCAAUCGUGGCUCUUAUGUCCUCGAAGGAAAUCCCUCGUCACGCCUCUCUGUGCCUAUGAUUCCACUGCCACAGUCUCUGAGUGGCUCUCCAAUGCGGGAUCUGUUUCUAGACCAAGAACGAGAACGGUACAAAUUGAGGUUGCAGCACCUGAUUGAACGGGAGAAGUUAGUGUUAUCAGCUGAGCAAGAAAUUCUUCGUGUGCAUGGUCGAGCUGCCCGUGCAAUCCAAAAUCAGGCUGUGCCUCUGUCUGCUUGCAGCAUUCUCAGGGAUGAGGAAAUCUAUAAUGUGCUAAAGCCGGAACAGGAACUGAAUGCUUCAUUCUUUUUUGCUAUUUGUGUCAAAAGUCCUGAAUCUAUUCCUGACAAGAAGGAUGAUAAGGACAAGAACGUGCGAUCUAGAUAUAAUGGACGUCUCUUCUUGUCAUGGCUACAGGAUGUUGAAGACAAAUGGGAAAAAACAAAGGAAAAAAUGCUACUUCGGCAGCACAAUGAAGCAGAAAGCUUGCAUGCUGUUCAGAAGUUGGAUUGGGAGUGGAAGCUCAAAGAACUUGGCCUGUGUGAAGUCAAGGCAACACCUGUCAUCGAUGACAUUUGCGUGCCCAGUGUGCAUGUUAGCGACGAGUUUGAUGUGCUGCCUGCAUGACAAGGCCUCUUGGUGAAGACAUGCCUGAUGGACUGCUGUGGAAGUGUGUGUGAAUUUCUGAACCACAAAGACUUUUUCUACACAGGGAUAGUAUCAACAGAACUGGGUAAUUGUUCGUGUUUUAACGCAACAUGCUGGUUCACAAGACCUUACAAUUUUUUAAUAAAUAUUCAGGAAGUGCAUGGUCACCAGCCAGGUAGGUACAGUUUUACAGCUGCAGUGGUAUGGAAAUGGAAAUGAAAGCCCUGGCCUGUUAACUUUCCCUUAAAUAUGCAGGGUUUCACAAAAUUUUGUACAGUGGGGCAUGCUGCCAGUACAUAAAUGGAAAAUAUUGGGCAAUUCACUACUGUCUUCUAAAAGCAGGAUGGUUUGAUGCAGGCUUUCCACUAUUGCCCGUUUAUGAAACUUGUGAUAUUUGCUUGUAGUCCAUUGUGCAGUGGUUGACUGUAACCAUUGGAGCCUGCUUUUAAAUUUUUCAUUGGCCAAACAUGUUAGCUUUAAUAAGCAGAUUCUUUUGUAUCUAGAUGUCAUGCUGUGGAACUCAUUGAACGUGUCAACUUGUUGCUACUACGGUAUCUGCAUGAUGCUGUAGUUCAAUGAAAAGGUUUCAUUUAUCGACAAAAGGAUAUUGCUGUUUUAAUAUCUGGUGUACCCGUCAAUGCUUUGAAUGUUUACAAUUGUUUAUAGACAGUGGCGGCAUUGACAGUGUUCAUCCCCGGUUUUAGACAUUUUUUUAACGGCAUGUGUAAAUAAACAUUCUCACCGAGUUG